UUUAAAAUCCAACAGCAAAGAGAAGAGAACGUCCCAGGUUAUUACGUCUGGGAUUAAUUGACCUCACGAAAGUGCAGAACAUUUUGUUGCUUAAUUUUGACAGGGACCAGCUGGUCAAGGGAUACACGGCAGUUACCUGUUUGCUGUUAUCGAUGGUUCUUCUCCAAUUUACUUUAUAAAAGGAAGAUUUCGCGCGAGUGUGGCUAAUUGUAACCCGAGAAGAAAUGGUGAGUCCUGCUCUACAGUUAGUGAGUCUGAUCCUGGCGGUUAUUGGCUUGGUCGGGACGUGUGCAGUGACAGGACUGCCCCAAUGGAAAGUGACCGCUUUCAUCGGGGACAAGCUGGUGGUGUUUGAGAAUAGGUGGGAAGGUUUGUGGAUGAAUUGCGUUCGGCAGGCGAACAUCCGAAUGCAGUGUAAGAUGUACGACUCCUUCCUGAUGCUCAGCCCUGAGCUGCAGGCGAGCCGUGCUCUGAUGUGUGUUGCCGUGGCGUUAGCAUUUCUGAGCAUCCUCAUCGCCGCCGUGGGAAUGAAGUGCACUCGCGGCCUUAUUGAGAAUGAACAGGUGAAACACCGCAUAUUGAUAGGAGCUGGGGUGAUGCUUAUACUCACGGGAAUUAUUGUCCUAAUCCCCAUUUCUUGGGUUGGCCACACGAUCAUUAGAAAUUUCUAUGACCCGCUGGUUCCAGACUCACUGAAACAUGAACUUGGAGAAGCUCUCUACAUCGGCUGGGCUACUGCCGGCUUCCUGAUAGUGGCAGGUGCCAUACUUUGUUGUUCAUGUCUCAAUGAAGAAGCAAGAAGUUACAGUUACAGGCCUGCACAGUAUGGAAAAUAUAACCCAAAACAGACAGCAAGGAAAAUUCCAAGCAUGUACUCCAAAAGUGAAUUUGUCUAAGUCACUGAGAUUACAGUGCUUCAGAAAACUAUCAAUCCAAAGGAUAGAACCUGGGAUGGUUAAAACUAUCUGGAGAAAAGUAUCAUUCCUUCAGGAACUGCAGUGAAAAUUUCACUUUGCAUCCAUCUUUUUACUUUCACUUAUAUAAAAAUUAUUCUGUGAAAAUACCUGUAUUUUAUGAUCUUUGUAAAUCAUCUCUAAAGCAGUUUGAAGAAUGUUUUUAUCAAAGUUUAUUUUAAAAAUUAACAUAUAUAUUUAAAAAUCAAAUGUUUAAAUAUUUGAAAUGAGUGCAGCUCUGCAAUAAUUUUGUAAUGAUACCUUAAAAAAUAUUUCUUAUGUAUGUUUGCAAACGAUUCAGUAGGACAUUACUUGUUGUUUUGUUACAGUUGGAAAUUGUUUGAAGAAAAAUUAUAUGCCCUUCCAUUUUCUGUGAAAUGAAUAUAUAACUGCUACAAAAAGUAGUCCUAAGCUUUGACAGAUUUUAUUUUUACCAUUUUCUGUGAGCAAUAUUCAUGACAAAUAACGCUUAAUGGCGUGCUAUGGCAAAAUCAUGUCAUAAAUAAUUAAAAUAAUUUCAUUAUUGUCUGAAAA